AUGUAUACGACGACAGCGCGGAGGUUAUACGAGGAUCAAAUACCCUCCUUUAUGUCUGUCUUUGAUCUGGAUCAGGCGAUGCAAGACCAAGAUCAAGACACAGUCACAGUGGUGGAUGCUAAGAUGAUGGAUAUCGAGCCAACAUGCAGCCCAAAACUGGGGUCAGACCCUUCGGCACUACUUCAGCCACCAGCAAUUGCGCCCAACCACCAACAUCGCGAGAGUACGUCGACGCAGACCUCUGAAUCCGCAGGCUCGUCCCCUACGACAACAGUAUCGUGCACCGACUCAUCCUCGCUCUCAGAUCCUUCUCCUUCCUCCUCCCCCGACUCUCCCGUUAACCUGGUACCUCUCAAUGCGUAUCCAGGCACCUCGUUUGGGGCUCUGCCGUCGAUGGCGAACCUGACUGUUUCAGAACCCACGCCCGGUCUCGUGCGUCCCAUGACGUCUCCGGCGCCGAGACGGAGGAACAUGAAGGGCUUGUCCAUCCAGCCUCCUUUUGUUACCUCGGGUGCUUCCUCGACACAGACAUCGGAGCCCUCCUCACCGUCAUUCAUCAAGCCCAAGAUCCCAGCAAUGAAGAGAAAGCCUAGCAACCUCAGUCUCAAGACGAACUCGGACGAUCUGACCGGCCGGCCCACCCUAGACGUCCCGCAGAGCCCGUCAGUGCCUGCGCUGGCACAAAGACGAGCCCUCAAGCACUCUACAUCGUCUCCGCACAUGCUGUCCGGGCUCAAGUCUGCUACUUUCGGCCCAGUUGGCGGUAUGGGCUUCCCCACCGUCUUCGAGCGUAAUGAAUCAGGACUGUCGUCCUUCCUCCGAAGAGCCUCCAAGGCACCUUCGUCGAACAGCACCAACGAUCCGAUUAUGGAGGAGGACUCGCCGAUCAGGAGUCAGAUGGCAAAUCGCUCUGCUUUCGACAUCGAGCCUUACCAUGAAAAGGAGAGCAACGAAGACCAGAAGUCGCCCGGUUACCCCGAUGGGCCUAUUGCGAUCUAUGGAGACGACGUCUAUCUCUACCUGGAGCCCACGGCCGAGGAGGCGCGCAAGUUCGAUGUUGUCAUUAAUGUGGCUCGGGAGGUGGCAAAUCCUUUCAGAGGGCCAGCAGCGUCUCGAGACGAACCCAUGAAGGACAUGUCGCCCAUCCCUGACACUGCCGUCACGGACGCGAGCUUCGCUACGGCGUUCGAGUUCCAACCCGAUGAUGCGACACCCACAACGCCGAAGGCCAUGUUCACACCGAAGGAGCCCGAGUAUAUCCAUAUCCCAUGGGACCACAACUCCGAUAUUGGCACAGAUCUCAUGCACCUGUGCGAGACGAUCGAGAAGAAGACUCUGGCAGGCAAGAAGGUUCUGGUCCACUGCCAACAGGGCGCUAGUCGCUCAGCCAGCCUGAUCAUCGCCUACGGCCUGUAUCAAAACCCUGAGAUGAGCGUGAACGACGCAUAUUACGCGGCACAGGCGAAGAGCAAGUGGAUCAGCCCCAACAUGCGACUGAUGUACUGCCUGCAGGACUUCCAAAAGGAGGUAGCCAAGAGAAAACUGGCGCCCAACUCGGCAUACAAGCCAAGAAGUGGCCGGAGCCCAUCUAAGCAUCGGAUGACACUCUCGGUCGAUGCCAUUGACGUGCCCAAGGAACCACGAACAGCGCCUCUGCCCGAUGAGGAUGGGGUGAUGAGAUCUCAGAGCCCCGAACCGUUGCCGUUGCGCGCGCGAGGAAACUCCUCACCGGAUCAGCUUGCCAUCUCCCCGGGCCCCUCGUCUGCCCCAUCUGCCUUCUCUUGGACACAGAAGGAGGAUGCAUCUGACCCGGGCCGGUUCGGCCGUUUCAAUCACUCAUCCAUCUUCACGACCCCUUCGCCGGUUGCCGAGAGCCCUGAAUAUGGAUUUCUAAAGUCAAUGUACCCCUUCCCGAAGCCUCCACCAUCUCCCGGCUUUGCGCCGUCCCUGUCAGCCGCUUUCCCCAAACCCCCGCCGUCGCCAGGUUUCGGGCCUGCGGAUCCAUUUACCAGGCCGCCACCAUCUCCUGGGUUUGGUGCGCACCGGUUUGGCGGCCAGGGCACCUUCGGAUUCACCCCGCUGCAUUUCGGGUCUUUGGCCAGACGAGAAAGUGACGAUGUGCCUGCUCCAAAAGAACAACAGGUCCAGGCCAUCAGCACCAAGCCUGACGCUACUCCCUUGUUGUCACCCCGGGCCGAAACGAUGACGAACAAUCCGAUUCACACGUCCUUUGCCGAGUUCACGGGGAUGCGCUUCGUCGAGGUUCCUCCGACGCCCAGUGACCAAUUUUUGCCUGCACAGCAGGCAUCAACUCAAGACCUCUUCUCUCCACGAAAAUCGGAAUUUCCAAGAGAUACAUUUACCCCCUUUGGAAGACCCAGGCAGGUCACCGACCCCCGCAGCCCGCCUACCAAAGGCGAGGCACCUAUCGUCAGAUCUAUUGAUGAGAUGCUAUAA